AUGAAAAGACAAAGCUCAUUCAAAAUGGAGCACUUGUGGGACCUCCCUGGUGGCGCAGUGGUUAAGAAUCCGCCUGCCGGGGUACGUUGUCGCAGGUGGGGCUGGAUGGCCGUCUCCUUCGGCUUCCACUGUGGGCUCAGCACGUUACUUGCACCGAAGGCCGAGCAGGCGCCACGGUGGCUCUCAGCUUGCAGACAAAAGACAUCAGUCUCUUUCCUUAGUCGACCAGACCUUCCAAACCUGGCUUAUAAGAGGCUAAAAGGCAAAAGUCCAGGAAUUAUCUUCAUCCCUGGCUAUAUUUCUAGUAUGAAUGGUACAAAAGCAUUGGCGAUUGAGGAGUUUUGCAAAUCUCUAGGUCAUGCCUAUAUAAGGCUUGAUUACUCAGGAGUUGGAAAUUCAGAUGGUAACUUAGAAGAAUGCACAGUGGGAAAAUGGAGCAAAGAUGUUCUUUCUAUAAUUGAUGACUUAGCUGAAGGACCACAGAUACUAGUUGGAUCUAGCCUCGGUGGAUGGCUUAUGCUUCAUGCUGCAAUCUCACGGCCACAAAAGGUUGCUGCUCUUAUUGGCAUAACAACAGCUGCGGAUGGCCUAGUGACACAAUUUAAUCAGCUUCCUGUUGAGGCAAAAAAGGAAAUAGAGAUGAAAGGUGUGUGGUCCAUGCCAUCAAAAUACAGUGAAGAAGGAGUUUAUCGCAUUCAGUACUGUGUCAUUAAAGAAGCAGAGCGCCACUGCUUGUUACGUGGUCCUAUUUCUGUGAGCUGCCCUAUAAGAUUGCUCCACGGCAGGAAGGAUGACAUUGUACCGUGGCAUACGUCCAUGCAGGUUGCUGACCAAGCAGUCAGCACAGAUGUAGAUGUCAUCCUCCGAAAGAAUAGUGAUCACCGAAUGAAGGAAAAAGCAGACAUUCAACUUCUGGCUUACACUAUUGAUGACUUAAUUGAUAAGCUUUCAACUGUAGUUAACUAGAAUCACAGUUUUAGUUGGAAUGUAAAGUAAUGG